AUGAAAGGAGGUUCUCUUGGUGCUCAAAUGGAUAGAUUUAGAAAUAAAAUCGUUGGACAUGUGCUCUACACAUGUAUCAUAACUAUGAUAUUGGCUUCACAUGCUAUCCUUGCUCUAGAGAUUGCCUUUUGGUUCGAUUUGAAUAGUUAUCUAAGUAAAUUAUUGUGGAAUGUAACAGCAUUAAGAUUUACUAUGACAAUUUUGGCUUAUCAAGAGCCAGUACCUGAAACUUCAAUUAGAAUAAUUGAGGAUGUUGAAAAUGUGAAUUUUUUUCCUCAAAAUACUCGAAAUAUAUUAAUUAAUCCUAAAACUGGUUUUGUUCAAAAAAAUCCUAAUGAAUCAUCAAUGCAAUUUGGUAGUAAUGGUUUUGAUAGUGGUAAUAGCUUUGGUGGUGUUAGUGGUAAUGGCAGUGGUGCUUCAUUUAACUUCAGUGUAAAUGUUCCUAGAACAUCACCACCAGUUUGA